AUGAAUGCACCAUGCUGUUUGCAUGUUGGCAAUUCACAUGCAACACUGGUCAGUUCUACUUUGAAGGAAUCAUCUCGGAACAGAUUCCGACUCUUUGAUUAUAAAUUGCUCGAAGAAGAUGAAGCAAUAAUCUUGCUAUCGUUGUCGUUGUCGGAUGAAUUUGAUGAUGAAAAAAUUGGAAGAGAAAUUCAACCAAGUGAUGAUGAUUUGAAUCCUCAUCGACUAGUAACCAAUAUUGCAAAUUUAAUAAUUAAUGGAAAGCAGCAACGAGAUGAUAACCACAUAUAUUCCCCAUAUCGUGCUUUGCAGUUCAUGAACAGUAGAGAAGAAGAAAUUGAAAUUGAAAUAGGCAAUGGCAUCACUGUUUCACCUCUAGAUUUAUAUUUGAAAAUUAUGAAAACAAUGUUGGAACGAAAUUGUGCAAAUAUGAAAAAUCGAUUGGCAAUAGCAGUUCCAGAUUACUUUCCCUAUGCAGUUUAUCAAUUAAUUAGAAAGAAAGUUAGUGAAUGGGGCUAUAAUGUAAUGAAUGUUUAUUCAGAAUCAAGACUUUCAUUAAUUGCUUAUAAUCUUUUCUUUCCAUCAAUGAAUGACAAGAAAGCUCUGUAUUUGGAUGUAGGUCAAUCUUUGAAAAUAGGUGCAUUUUCUAUUGAUGAAGGGCAAAUAUUUAAGGAACGAUUUUAUAGGAAUGAUGAAUUGGGAGGAGAAGCCAUCACUUUGAAAAUGAUGGAAUAUUGUGAUGACCUAUUUAAACGGGAAAGCAAAUAUUCAAUCCAGGAAAAUCCACUCUCCAUGAUCAAAUUGAGAAGAGCUUGCGAAGAAGUUAAAGCCAAGUUAUCAGAUCAUGAUUCCUGGCAUUUACAUAUUCCUAAAUUUUACAAUAACAUUGAUUUAAAUAUUCCAGAAUUUAGCAAAAGCUUAUUUGAAGAAUUGACUCUAGACGUUAUCAAUAGACUUAUUGUAGAAAUACUUGAAUUCAUGAAUAAGGAGACUUUUGAAUACAUUAUCGUGUGUGGGAAAUCAACUAGAAUUCCCAAGUUAAAAGAAAUGAUUAGAAAAUUGAUUUCUACAGAACAACCAGAAGCAGAAAUAUGCGAUUGGAUAGAAUGUCCUAUUGAACUUGGUGGCUGUAUUGAAAGCUAUAUUAGUAAUGACCCAAAUAUACUAAUGAACGAUAAUACAUGCUGUAAUUAUGGAAUUUCAAACGAAAAUGGUGAAAUGAUAGUUAUUGUUCCUAGAACAUCAGUGCCUUAUUCGAAAACUCAAACUAUUUCAAUACCAUUAACCGGAAAUGAGAAAUUUAUAAGCAUUGACAUUUAUGAGGGGAACAGAAAAUUCGUGAAAGAUUGUGAAAAGAUUGGGACUUUAAGAUUGGACAUUCCCGACAAUUAUCAAGAUGCUCAUUUUGAGGUUGAACUCAUUUUCGAACUCUUCUUUUCCCUGAAUUUGAAUAUGACAGUGUCUGCCAGAAGUCCAACUUAUGGCACAGAGGAUUCUUUCAUUCCCUCUCGACCAGUACCACUCAAACCUGAGGAAAUUGAAGAAUUAUUGCUUCAAAUGGCUUCAGAUACAAUUCCAAUUAUGGGAACCAAUAGUAUUGGACCUACUAUUGAUGAUCUGGAUUGA